AUGGUCAAUGGACCAAGAUACAGCGCAAAAGAGAAAGGCAAGCGCCCUUACGAACCCUCAUGGCAAGAGCAACAGGUCAUUUUCCCGGUAGUGCGCGGCGGCCCUCGCGCCACUCGACCCGUCGUCAUUACCAGUAUUAUCGGCCAUUAUGAAACGGAGUAUGUCUUCAUUGACCCAGGAAGUACAGCUAAUAUCAUCUAUGAGCAGUGUUUUAAUCAGUUUGAUGAAGAUAACAAAGCAAGACUUGAGCCAGUUGAUUAUCCGUUGUCUGGAUUUUGCAACGAAAUGGUUUUCCCGCUAGGCCAAAUCAGCUUCCCCGUCACGCUCUCUGACGGGAAGCAUUCAAGAAAAACAAACGUAAACUUCAUGGUGAUGCCUGUCAAAUCGAGACACGAUGUGUUGAUCGGGAGAGAAACCCAGGGCGAGCUAAACAUGGUAACUUCCACUCCCCACUCAGCGAUAGGGUUUCCAACCAAGAUGGGGGUGGCGAUCAUCUAUGCCAAAAAAGAAGUAAUGUCAACGGAAGAGUUGCGCCCAACAAAAGCGGCGAAAGUUUCAACAACUGAGCCAGAGAAGUGGAUGUUAAACCUAAUGGUGGAAAAGUCGAGCGGAGGAUGGCGAAUGUGCGUUGAUUACACUGAUCUCAAGAAGGCAUGCCCUAAAGAUUGCUAUUCUUUGCCUGAGAUAGACAAAAAGAUAGACUCCCUCGCGCCAUACAGAUGGAAGUGCUUCUUGGAUUGCUACAAGGGGUACCAUCAGGUUCAAAUGAAGCUUGAAAACGAAGACAAGGCAGCCUUCAUGACCGAUCUCGGGAUCUUCUGUUAUACAAAGAUGCCAUUCGGUCUCAAAAACGCUGGCGCCACGUACCAGCGCCUGAUGGACAAGACCUUCGCUAGGGAUAUUGGGAAGCACAUUGAAGUUUACAUUGACGACCUGGUGGUAAAAAGUCCUGAAGAGGACCAAAUGCUGAAAGACAUCGAGAAAACUUUCAACUCAAUGAGAGGCGUGAACAUGAAAUUGAAUCCCGCCAAAUGUUCCUUUGGUAUGGAGGAAGGGAAAUUCUUGGGCUUCAUAGUCACAAAUGGCGGAUUUAAAGUGAAUCCAGAAAAGGUCCAAGCAAUAGAGCGCAUGCCAUCACCCAAAUCAAUCAAAGAGAUGCAAAGGUUAGUCGGCCGCCUAACCGUGCUUAACCGCUUCUUGUCAAAUCACGCCGCAAAGUCGUACCCUUUCAUAAGUACCUUGCGCAAUUGUGUGAAGAAGCAAGAGUUCAGAUGGACACCUGAGGCAGAAAGCGCUUUUCAGCAAAUGAAGGAGUGUUUGAUUGAACUCCCAACGUUGACCGCACCGUUCGAAAAGGAGCCGCUCAUCUUGUGCUUGUCAUCAUCAGACAAGGCAGUGGGUUCGGUAUUGCUUAUAGAAAGAAACGGGGUCCAGACUCCAAUCUACUAUGUCAGUAGAAUGCUCACAGAUCCAGAAACAAGAUAUUCAACGAUGGAAAAACUGACAUCCGGGCGAUUAGCGAAAUGGGCGAUCGAACUGGGGGGCCACAACAUUUUGUAUAGGCCGCGCCCAGCCAUCAAGGGUCAAGUCCUUGCAGACUUUAUCACAGAAGUCCCAGCGGAAAAGGUCAAAGAUUGUGAGAUUGUCGAAACUCCCACGAAAGACACACCAGAUGGGCUUUGGUUGCUGUAUACAGAUUGUGCCUCAAACGAGGACGGCGCAGGAGCCGGAUUGCGCCUUGUGAGCCCCGAAAAACAUGAAUUUACAUACGGUAUCAGGUUGGAUUUUAAAAAUACCAACAACGAAGCAGAAUACGAGGCAUUUCUGGCAGGCUUGCGCCUCACCAUUAAAAUGGGAGCUAAAAAUCUGCAAGCGCACGUUGAUUCACUGUUGAUCGCCAGUCAAGUCAACGGGUUCUAUGACGCAAAAGGCGACGUUAUGGCCUUAUAUCUGGAUCAGGCAAAAGAACUGCUGCAGAAGUUCACGUCAUACAGGGUGGUACAUAUCAAUCGCUCUGAAAACAAACAGGCAGACGCUUUAAGCAAGCUUGCGUCAACUUCCUUUCAGCAUCUCGCAAAGGAGGUAAGGAUUGAAGUACUCAAAAAUCCAUCAGUACUGCUGCGCCAGGUGAAUGUGAUCGAAAUAGGGCAGCCAUCCUGGAUGACCCCUAUAAUCCAGUAUCUGCAGGAAGGGAUACUCCCAGAGAACAAAGCAGAGGCAAGGAAAAUCAAGCACAAAACCCUGCAUUAUGAAAUGAAUGAUGGUAUUCUAUAUCAGAAGUCCUUCUUGGGUCCCUUAUUGCACUACGUAGACCCCCAAGACGCGAAUUACUUAAUCAGAGAAAUCCACGAAGGGAUCUGUGGUAUCCAUGCAGGACCACGCAUGGUUGUUGCGAAGAUCAUGAAUGCCGGAUAUUAUUGGCCAGGGAUGCAUGUCGACGCCCUGAAGGAGCUGCGCAAAUGCGACUCUUGUCAGCGGCAUUCCACAAAGACCCUGCGCUUAAAAAUGAUCUUAUCCCAGUGUCCACUGCUUGGCCUUUCCAACAGUGGGGGAUUGAUAUGGUGGGACCUUUCCCAGAUGCCCGGGAGCCGUAAAGUUUAUAAUCGUGGCUGUUGA